AUGACUGAAACAGAAGAACAACGACAAGUUCGACUUGAGAAGAUGGAUGAAAGAAAUCAAUCGAGUCGAGCAAAUGAAUCCGAAGAGCAGCGUCAAAUUCGACUUGAGAAGAUGAAAGAAACAAAUCAAUCAAGUCGAGCAAAUGAAUCCGAAGGGCAGCGUCAAAUUCGACUUGAGAAGAUGAAAGAAAGAAAUCAAUCGAGUCGAGCAAAUGAAUCCGAAGGACAACGUCAAACUCGACUCGAGAAAAAACGAGAGCAAACUCAACGUACACGAACAAAUGAAUCACGAGAACAACAUCAGAUCCUACUCGAACAGCAAAAGAAACGAAGUCAAGCAAAUAGAACUAAAAAGAAACAUGAAAAUGUUGGUAGCGGAAAAAACUAUGUUCGCUCACCUUGGCCUGAACCAAUUGCUCGUGAUUUAAAAGAAACUCGUUUGCAGCAAUUUUUAGAACAGAUGUCUAUGUCAAAAUUGGCUGAAGCGACUUGUGCAGUUUGCAAUGUCCGCACUCCAGCAAAAGAUGCGAAAAAAAUACCCAUCUCUAAAAUUCCUAAUAUUGAUUUGCUUAAAGCUUCUGAAGAACUCAAAACUUUAAUUAAAAAUUCAACUGAAAAUACUGCCACUCUCAUCGAUGAUAACAAUACACAUACGACAUCACAUAUUAAAAGAAAUUGUAUUACCUUCCUUCAAAAUGUACCAAAUAUUGUCAAUAGUUUGCCACUUACACUUGCUGAUCUUUGUGAUACACUUAAAGUAAUUUUUAUUGGAGCUCGGCCACCUGAUCGUCUUCAUCUUAGAAAAGUUUUAACAGUGCGUAAGAAAAAAAUUAUUGAAGCAUUACAAUGGUUGAAAAAAUAUAACAUACUUUAUCAAAACAUCAAUAUAAAUCUCGAUAAUAUUGCUCAAUUACCAGAAGAUGAUGUACCAGAGUGCAUCAUGUCAACUUUAGAACAAAAGAUAGGCGAUGAAGAAGCUCAAUCCGAAAGAACUGGAUAUGUUCCUGAUCCAUUAUUGAAUCCCAAAGAACUCACUACUGCAGAUGUCAUACCUAUCAGUAACAGUGGUGUUCUUGAUGUUAAUGGCUCAUCAGUAUCAUCAGAUGAGAUUACUAAUUACUUUUUACAUAAAAUAAAAACAAAUGAUCAAGCAGUUACUGAAAACGUUUACUUAAUUCCACAUUCAUCGAAACCUGUCAAUGAAUAUUUCAAUCCAAAAUUAUUAACUGGUUUAUAUCCAACUUUAUUCUGUUAUGGACGAGGAGCACCUGAAGAUCAAUCACGUCCAAUUGAAAUCAAAUUUAAAGAACACAUACGUUAUCUGUUAUCUUAUAAUGAUCGUCGCUUUGAAACAAAUCAUAGUUUCAUAUUUGUAGUAUUCAACUUAUUACAACGACGUGAUGCUUGUUUUCAUGCUCAAUUAAUCGCAACAAAACCAUAUUUUCAAGCAUCAGCUAAUGAAAUUCAAUCAAUCAAAAGCAAAGAUAUUGAAGCGGCUCUUGACAACAAUACCAAAAGAACAUACAAUACAGAAACAAAUAGUGCAUUAAAUAAACUUUUACAACAUAUAAAAACUGUCGGUGGUCGAGUUAUGGGAUCAGCAUAUUCAAGAACAGCUUUACGUACUCGUAUACAUGCACUUAUUUUUAACCAAGGUUUACCGAGUAUAUUUCUUACAAUAAAUCCAGCUGACAUCCAUAGUCCUGUAGCAUUAUAUUUUGCUGGUGUUCAACUCAAUCUUGAUAAAAUUCAAAAUGAACAACUUAUGGAUACUUAUCGAAGAGCCGAAAUUAUAGCAUCUCAUCCAGUUGCUACUGCCAAAUUUUUCCAUGUAUUGAUCAGCAAUAUCUUGGAAACUAUGAUAAUGGGUGGAGUUCUCGGACCAAUAAAGGCUUAUUUUGGUACGGUCGAAAGUCAAGGCCGAGGUUCACUUCAUUUACAUCUUCUUAUUUGGCUUGAUCAUGAUAUGAAACCAACUGAUAUGAAAGAAAAAAUUCAAGAUGCUACUUUUCGUAACAAGUUAAUAGCAUAUUUAGAAGAUAUCAUCAAAGAAGAUUUAGAUGAUUUCAAAGAGAAACAAGUCAUCGAAUCUUCUGACGGUAUGAAAUAUAUUUAUUUUAUU